UUAUUGGGUAGAGGAUACGGCCCCCGGACUCUUGCGCUCUCCUCUCUCCUCUCCUCGCUCUCGUCUCGCUUUCCCGCAGUCAGCUCGUGCAUAUAUAGCUUAUUUAAAUACCAUACGAAUUGGCCGCCGCCGUUGAGCUGCUUCGUACGGUGUCGCAUAUAGAUAUAUACUUACUGUAUUGGUCGGACUGUAACAAACAUGGUUAAGGUCCGUUAAUAAUUAUAUAUAUUAGUAAAGUAUAUAAUAUUUUGUAGAAAUGGAACCGGGCAGCUUGUAGAAUAAUGUGCAAGCGGAUGGUGUUUUCAUAACAUGAAGAAAUUGUCAAUCAUUGCUUUAGUUAUUACAUGUAUAGUUAGCGUUCAAGGUUUGGAAAAUCUUUUGCAUUAUGUGAUCGAUGAUGUACCGGCUGGAUCUUAUAAAUAUUAUAGUUUAAUGUAUGAUGGAUUAAUCAAGAUUAGACUUUCUACCCAGUCAGGAGAUGCUGACAUAUACGUUUCACAAACAACAACGAAGCCUACAUAUGAACCUGAUCGAUAUUGCUUGCAAUCUACAACUUGUGGGGAAGAUAUAAUUUAUAUACCACAAAGUUUUAAAAGACCUGUGAGUAUAGGAGUUUACGGACAUCCAUCGCAUGAAUCGAGUCGUUAUACGCUCUUGGUUUAUCAAGUAAUAGAAACCAACGGGAAUAUGUUUGAUGAGCAAAAUCCAGCAUAUGACAAUUUUCCAACAUCCCGUAAUCCAAAGAAAGAAAAAACAUCUUUUGUACUGACUCUGCUAUGGUCCCUCAUUGAUUUGUUGUUUCAUGUGCUGUUUUGAUAAUAAAUAAAUAUAAAAUGUCUCAGAUGUUGGAGUACGAAAAUCAAAUGUUUUUGGAAAUACUCCAAGAAGAUGGGCUAGUUAUUACAGCAAAAGGUCUUGGGCUUGAAACAGUAUUCACAAAUAUAUUAAAAGCUUACUCUGAUCCUGGACAACUAGUCAUUGUUCUUGGAACAAAUGAUGAUGAAGAAACAUACUUUAUUGAACAGUUGAAAAAUCAAGGUGUGAAACAUCUGCCUCGAAUUGUUUCAGCACAAUGUUUAUCAGAAGAAAGAGAAGUCAUGUACUUAGAAGGAGGGGUAUUGUUUAUAUCAGGCAGAAUAUUAGUAGUUGAUCUUUUAAAAAAUCGAGUGCCAUUAAAUUUAGUUAGUGGAAUGCUUGUAUAUAGAGCUCAUUCAAUAUUAAAUUCACAUCAGGAAGCUUUUGCACUUCGACUCUACAGAAAGACGAAUAAGACUGGAUUCAUAAAGGCCUUUACCAAUUCAGCCUUAGCUUUCACAGUUGGAUUUGCACAAGUAGAACAAGUAAUGAAAAAAUUGUAUGUCAAAAAGCUGUACCUCUGGCCUCGCUUUCACAAAAUUGUUAAUACCAGUUUAUCGAAAUACAAACCUGAAGUUAUUGAACUACACGUAAAAUUAACAGCUAAGAUGUUAGCAAUACAAACUGCAUUACUUGAUGUUAUGAAUUACAUGGUUCAAGAAUUAAAGAAAAUAAACAAAUAUAUUGAUCUGGAUGAGUUGACUGUAGAAAAUGCAGUAGCGAAAAAAUUUCAUAAACAAUUACAAUUACAGUUAGAUCCAAUCUGGGACCAACUGAGUUUUAAAAGCAAACAAUUAAUAUCAGAUCUAAAAACCCAGCGAUCAUUGUUGAUGUGUCUAACACAUGAAGAUGCUGUAUCAUUUUAUGCUAUGAUUAGCAGCUUACAAACAAUGGAAUAUGCUAUGAAAAGUAGUGGAUGGACAGUAUUAGAUGUUGUUGAUGACAUGUUUAAAAAUGCAAAAGCAAGAAUUUACACUCAAAAUGGAGACUUCAAACCAGAACCAAAUCCCAAAUGGACAGCUUUAUCAGAAACACUAUUAGAAAUUAGUCACGAUAGUGCCAAAAAAAAGAAAGAAAGUGCAGAAAAAAUUCUUAUUCUUACUCAAGAUAGUAGGACCUGUGGUCAGUUAAAAAACUAUUUGACAAUGGGAGCAAAAGAAUAUUUAUUAUUUGAGACCAUGAAAAAGUUAAAACCAGACAAAAUACAAAAUUUGAAAAAACCUGAAACAUUGAAAACAUUAUCCAAACCCGAAAAUCUAAAUGCAAAUACAGAUAUGGAAACAGAUGCAGAAAAUGAAGAUGAACGAGAAAGUUACGUUUUAACUUUAUCUCAAAAGCCUGAAACAAAUGAUGAAGAAGACUCUAAUACAAGAAGUGAGAAUAUUAAUUCUAGUCAAUAUUUUGAAGAGUGUUCACAGUUGGUUGAUAUGGAUUUAACUACUAUAUCGUCUAGUGACCCAAUACUAAUUAUACAAUCAAUAAAGAAAGGAGGAGAUACAAUGUCUCUACAUCGUACUCUUGAUGAAGUACAGCCUAGUUACGUCAUUAUGUAUGCAGCUGAUAUUUCGACAGUUCGACAGCUGGAGGUAUAUCAAAAUAAAUAUCCAUCAAUAUCUUUAAAAGUUUUUUUCCUUAUUUAUGGUGGAUCAGUUGAAGAACAAGCAUACUUAACUUCCUUGCGUAGAGAAAAGGAUGCUUUUGAUAAGCUUGUUUUUGCAAAAACCACAAUGGUUGUUCCUGCAGAGCAGGAUGGAAAAUGUGCAGAACCAACUCCUUCUGAUAGCGUUGAUGAAGAUAACACGCGCAAAGGUGGAUUAAUAGAAGAUCAAGCCGCAAAUGUCAACAAAAUAAUUGUUGAUAUGAGAGAAUUUAGAAGCGAGCUACCGUCUUUAUUACAUCAACGCAAUAUAGAAAUUGAGCCAGUGACCAUACUUAUAGGGGAUUAUAUUCUAUCUCCUGAAAUAUGUGUGGAAAGAAAAAGUAUUUCAGAUUUAAUUGGAUCUUUAAAUUCUGGAAGAUUGUAUAAUCAAGCAGUUGCAAUGACGCGAUAUUACGCAAAACCCAUGCUUUUAAUUGAAUUUGAUCAAAAUAAACCUUUUGGAUUACAGGGUAACUAUUAUGUUAGCAAGGAUAUGAGAAGCAUUGAUAUAACUCACAAACUUCAGUUACUUACAAUGCAUUUUCCUAGACUAAAAUUAGUAUGGUCACCAAGUCCUCAUGCUACAGCACAACUUUUUGAAGAAUUAAAGCAAGGAAGACCGCAACCAGACGCAAUAAAGGCUGCGCAAAUCGGUAUGGACGACGAUACUGAUGAUAAAAAUAUUAUGGCUGAAAAGUAUAAUUGUCAUAUUCAAGAUCUUGUGGCUAAAUUACCAGGUGUACACUCUAAAAAUUUACGGCAAAUUCUAAAUAAAGGACAAUCUUUAGAUUAUCUGAUCACACGUUCAAAGAUUGAGCUAACAGAGAUGAUUUCUAAUGAAAGUGAUGCAGAACUAUUGUACAAUGCUCUUCAUCUAAAACAUAAACCAUCUUUUGAAUCAUCUACAAACGGUGGUGUAAAAGCAGCUGCAUCAAAAGUGAAAAGCCGAGGUUUGUUUUACAAGAAAAAACCAGGAAAAUAAGAAAUUAUGUUGACUAUCAUAAAUUUGAUCUUAUAAACAAUUAUUGCAUUAAAAUUUAUUUAAAAUAUUCUUGAAACUAAUGUCAAAAAAUUGUUUCAUCGUUAUACAAAAUGUAAAAGACGUAACUGUAAAUAUAAAAAUUUGUAUUUUUUAUUAACUUUAUAUAAAACUUUUUAUGCCUCUGCAGUUUAUAUACAAACUUGACUUAAAACAUGAUUCAAGUUGUUUCCUCAGUGUCACUAUCAGUAUCUAAGUUGUAUAAAAAAGAAUCACUCUCAAACAUUGGAAAAAAAAAUCUGAAAAAA